ACUUUAACUACUACACAGCCUGAGCCAGUGCUGAUGCGUGUGUUAACAACUUAACACCCAGCAGAGGAAAGCGACUGGCUACCUACCUAGGUACUCGGAGUAGUGCUCCACCUUUGCUAGCCGGAUCGAGCUCGAGGAGGAGCUAGCGAGAGCGUAGUAGCUCGUACGUCAUGGGCAAGUGCCUGGGAAAGACCGGCGUGCAGCCGCGGCGCCGGUCUUCGUCGUCUUCUUCGGUCGAGGUUGCCGCGUACCUGACGCUGCGCAGCGGGCGGCGCGUGCCGGCAGCCAGCGGCGGCAGCCCCAGGCGGCGACAUCACCGGCGGGGCGGACGGCGCUGCUGCGGCGAGCCGGGCGGCGCCGCCUCUUCUCCGGCGAGGCAGCGGCGUCGACGCCGGGUUCUUGCUGCAGCUUCGUCGUCGCAGGACGGCAAGGAAGAGGGCGAGGAGAGUACUCCUGGCGUCGUCGUCGUCCCGGACGAAGGCUGCAGCGUCAGGCACGCCACGGCCACGCCCGUCUCCGGCGAGGCGACGAGUACGAAACGCGGCCGCCACGACGCCGCCGUCGCCGCGCCCCCGGCGGAAGUGGAGAUGGAGGCGUUCUUCGCGGCGGCCGAGCUCGCGGAGCGCCGGCGAUUCGCGGAGACGUACAAUUACGACAUCACCCUGGACCGCCCGCUGGAAGGCCGCUUCGAGUGGUCGCCGGCGAAUUCCACUUGAAGCAACAACAGGACCGGUAAACCGGCCGCGGGGGGUGAAGCUGUCAAUUCACAGUCCAUGAGAAAUGGGCUGUGAUCGAAUUAAUUGACUAGUUGACCACUGCACUGCUUCUCUAAUUAAUAACUUGUUGUUAUGAUAAGUAGUCAUUGGCUAAUCACUAGUGCUACCAUCUCUGGUAAAUUAAUCUAUGUAUAGCAAAUUAGCAAUUGAUGGUAGGAAUGAUUGUGAUGAUGAACUAAUUAUUGGAGGAAGCUUAUGAUGAAUGAGCUCCACUUUCUUUGCUAAUUUGAUUUCGCCCGGUAAAUUAAUUUCAGCUCUUCACAAAAAUUAUUUUCA